AUGGAUGGCGGAAGUAAGCUGUAUGGUGUGUGGUUGAGGGCGGGUGGCCGGAGAACGGGGGUGGCGCCGGAGAAUAGGUGGCUUGUACUGGAGGAGCCGGAGGUGGCGGGACAGGCGGUUGCGAGCGUAACGGAUGGUGUGUUUAAUGAGAUUUAUGAGGGGGCUGUGAUGGAGCGCCGUUUUUUCGAAAAGAAAGGAGAGGUGGGGAGGAUUGAAACUGGGAGAGAGGGAGUAACGGUUGGGGCAAUGAGUGUGGGUUUGAAUAGGGAGGGGGUCAUAAAUGAGGGAUUAAAUGGUGAGGGAGAAAGUGAGGGGGUGGUCAUAAUUGAGGCUAAAAGAAGGCGUACGGAUGGUGAGGGGAGGAAUUUAAAUGAUGUUAGUCCUAUGACUAUUGAGCAGCAAGACUCUUUUUCUUGUGAGUGGGAUUGGGAGAAAGAAGGGAGAUUGCCGUACCCUAGGUGGUUGCUUAGGGGGUUUGGGGAUGCUGUUAGGGAGAGUGGAUUAUCCAAUUUUGGGUUUGAUGGGUGCCAGUAUACUUGGGAGAAGGGGAGGGGUACAUGCAAUUGGGUGAGGGAAAAGCUCGAUCGAAUAUUGGUUUCGGGUGAAUGGAGAGAUUUAUGGCCAUACGCUAGAGCAAAGUCGGUAGAGGGCAGCACGAGUGACCAUAUGCCGUUACUAUUGACGGUGGAGGGGGGUGGCCCGGUGAGAGUGGCGCGGAGGCCUAGAUUCGAGAAUAGUUGGGGACAUAUUCCGGAGUGCAGGCAGGUUGUGGAACGGGAAUGGGAUAGAUUGGAGGGCUGUACGAUAGGGGAGAGGUUGAUCGAGUGUGGUCGGGGAGUGUGGAAUUGGGGUAAGGGGCAGAACAAGGGGGAGGUUGAGGUGAUUCGGCGGUGUAAAAAUGAGAUGGGAAGGUUGCGGGGUUUACGGGAUGGGGAGAGUGUACGGCGGUUUGGGGUUGUCCAACGUCAAUAUUUGGGCUGUUUACGAAAUCAGAGUGACAAGUUCAGGCAAAGGGCGAAAGAGUUGUGGUAUAGGGAGGGGGAUAGUAACUCCAGAUUUUUUCAUAACUCGGUGAAUACAACACGUAGGAGGAAUCGAAUUGCGGCCCUAAGGGAUGAGGGGGGUGUGCUGAUUCGAGAUGAACGGGAGAUGGGAGGGAUCAUGGUGAGGUAUUUUUCUGCCCUGUUCACGGCUGGUGGAGGAGAUGUGGGUCAGGUUGUUAAUUAUUUGGAGAAUCGGGUUGAUGAAGCUCAGAAUGCGGCUUUGGUGAGCGAGGUCACGGAGGAGGAAGUGAGGGCUGCCUUGUUCGCGAUGUAUCCGGAUAAAUCUCCAGGACCGGAUGGCUUAUCUCCAGGAUUCUUCCAGAACUAUUGGUCUAUUUUAGGCCCUGAGGUAGUUUCCUUUUGUCGUCUGUUUAUGAAUACUGGAAAGAUGCCGGAGCGGGUAAAUGAUACACAUAUUGUGUUAAUUCCAAAAUGUAAAACCCCAGAAAAUAUGUCUGAGUUUCGCCUUAUCUCUUUAUGUAAUUUAAUUUAUCGCAUUAUUGCUAAGGUUCUGGCCACUCGCCUGCGUGUGUUGCUGGACUCUAUUAUUGACCCUGCCCAGAGUGCUUUUAUCCCGGGGAGGUCGAUUGUAGAUAAUGUGCUUAUUGCGUUUGAGUCAGCUCACUGUUUGAAGCGUCAACCUGGGGAUAGGGGUGGUUUUGGGGCCCUAAAAAUUGACAUGAGUAAGGCUUAUGAUCGGGUUGAAUGGGGUUUUUUGUGUCAAGUGCUUACGAAGAUGGGGUUUAGUGACAAAUGGGUGGGGAUUAUGAGGGAGUGUGUGUCUAGUGUGCGCUAUACGGUGUUGGUAGAGGGGAAAGAGUGGGGGCCAGUGGUACCGGAGAGGGGGCUAAGACAGGGGGACCCGUUAUCACCUUAUUUAUUUAUCUUGGUAGCGGAGUGCUUAAGUGUUAUGUUGAGAGUUCGGGAGGAGGAGGGGAUGCUGCACGGGUUAAGGGUUGUGAGAGGGGCUCCGGCAAUAUCCCAUCUUUUCUUUGCGGAUGACUGCCUGUUGCUCUUUCGGGCAAACAAUUUUGAAGCCGAGGUUCUAAGGGAUGUUUUGAGAGAUUACGGGAUGGCAAGUGGGCAGGAGGUAAAUUUUGAUAAAUCAUCUAUAGUGUUUGGACGGAAUGUGCAUAGGGAGGAUAAGGAGGCUGUUUGCGGGAGUUUAGGGAUUGGCGAACAGCAGGGACAAGGAAAAUACUUGGGUCUACCUGGAUAUGUGGGGAGGAAAAAGAAGGAAAUUUUGGGGUUUAUUCGGGACCGGGUUAGGGCUCGGGUUAUGAAUUGGGGGAACCGUUUCUUGUCUAGAGGGGGUAGAGAGGUGCUUCUAAAGACUGUUUUGCAAAGAAGGGGGUGUGAAAGAAGGGAAAGAGGGAGAAUAAGGUGGAGUAGGUGGAGUGAUUUGUGUGUGCCAAAGAAGUAUGGUGGUAUGGGUUUUAGGAGAGUGCGGGAGAUGAACCUUGCGAUGUUAGGAAAACAGGGGUGGAAUUUUCUUACUAAACCAAAUGCUCUAGUUACAAGGGUCUUUAAGGCGAGAUAUUUCCCAAAAUCCACUUUUUUGCAGGCAACAAGAGGUUCAAAUCCGUCAUAUGUGUGGUCUAGUAUUUGGGAAACACAGGAGUUGGUGAGGAAGGGGGUUAGAUGGAGGAUUGGAAAUGGUGAGGGGACUAAAGUUUGGGGCGACCCCUGGCUUCCGGAUGGGGGUAAUCCUUAUGUUACUACACCGAGUCAGGAAUACUUGGGGGAUCCGUGGGUGAGUUCUUUGAUGCGUAUUGAUGGAAAUGAGUGGGAUCAUGGGGUGGUAAGAGAUAUUUUGGAGGAGCGGGAUGCAAAUUUGGUUUUGAGUGUACCUUUGUCGGCUAGGGGGGGGGGGGGUCGUGAUUCUCUCUUUUGGAGUCAGGAGCAAAAUGGACUGUAUUCGGUGUGUAGCGCAUAUAGGUUGGCCUCGGGGGAGUUUGGACAGGGGGACGGGGUAGUAUGGAGGGGUAUAUGGCGGAUGAGAGUGCCACCAAAAGUUAAAUGCUUUUUCUGGAAUUUAUGCACGCUUCGGCUACCCACCAAAGAUGCUUUACUGUUAAAACACGUACCUUGUGAUCCUGUUUGUGUGUUGUGUGGAAAAGCAAAUGAGAGCACGGUUCAUCUUUUUGCUAAUUGUGAAUUUGCGCAUAAGAGUUGGCGUGUGUUAAAUGGGGAAUGGAAUAUGGGGUAUAUUGAGUCUAUUCAUGGGUGGUUAGAUGAAUUGUGGUCUGGAAGCUUAUCUAUUAUGAUGAUUGAGCAGGUGGUGAUGGUGGCGUGGGCAAUUUGGGAAGCUAGAAACUCUAUGGUUUGGCAUCAAAAGGACACGGACCCUCAAUCUAUGGUGUGUUAUGCGUUGUCCUAUGCUCAGAAUUGGCGUGAGAUCAGGGGAAGGGAUGGUGAUGUUGCAAGGGGGGGUUUGCUUAGUGUUCAGGACGGGCAGGUGAGGGUGUAUGACCCUGGGUGGAUCCGUGUUACGGUGGAUGUUGCAAUGGAUUAUAGAAGACAGCGCAUGGGGUUUGGAUGGAGUGUCUUUAACUGGGAUGGCACGGUUAGGGGAGUGGUAAUGUUUGCAAAGCAUGGGUUGCAUACGGUGAAAGAGGCGGAAGCUUUAGGAGCUAGAGAGGCACUAAGUUGGAUUAAGAGAAAGGGGUGGGAGCGGGUGGUCCUUGAGACCGAUGCUCAACUAGUCACAACGGCGGUGGCGGGGGGACGGAAUAUAUCACCUUUUGGCUUAAUUGUGAACGACAUCCGGGAGCUUUUAAGUCAAAUGCCUACGGUAAAUUUUCGCUUUGUUCAUCGGCAACAUGUUAUGGUGUCUCAUUGUUUAGCCAAGAGAGCUCUUUGUUGUGUAGAGGAGGGUCGUGUGGAGUAUUUUGACUAUAUUCCUCGUUUUGUAUCCAUUCCUCUAUGUAACAAUACUGGUAUCUAUUAA